AUGAACAACAACUUCAAUCCUUGGGCGCAGCCGUUUUCGCCAAACUAUGGCUACCCAGGACAGCCCCACGAUCAGAAUCGCAACCGCAACCGCAACUGCAACCGCAAUCAGUGGCACACGCCAUCGCAAGGCCAUACCGAUGCCUCGCCUGUAGCAAGCGCGCCAUGGAACACAAAUCAUGUGCAGCCGCAGGAGUACUAUCCCAACAUUCAGCAGAUUUACACCAACUCCGCAACACCACAGGCGCAGGCACAGGCGCAGGCACAGGCGCAGGCACAGGCACAAGCCUACUACCACCAGUGGGCGCAGUAUUAUGCAUACAACCAAGGAUUCACGCCAGCCAACGCCCCGCAGCAGGCUUUCGGACAGCAAGCUCCGAGCCCCUAUCCCUUCUUUGCGCCAUCCUUUGCGGUCGCGCAGCCUCACACAGGCCUACAAAGUGUCUCGAGUAGCGACCUACAGUAUGCCUUCGACAAGCUCUACAAGGGCACAAAAGCAAGAAAUCGCAGGACUAACGCCAGCCACAGGGCAUCAACUCUAUUCUCUGAUGACGAGCCUGUGCAGGCAGUUGCAGGUAGCCUAACCAGGGCGCAAGAAGAGCCCGCAGCGUAUCCCACCACCAAACCCACUGGAAGAAGCAGAGACCCGAAAAUCAUGUUACCUGCGCCUACGCCGACCGAAGCGUACAUGGCUCAAGCGGCAGGAGAACCAUCCACGGUCGCAUUGUCAGGUCGUAUACUCGUCAUUCUCGACCUGAACGGCACACUGCUCUAUCGCCCGAACAGGAACAAGAAGACGAUGAUCGCACGACCCUUCCUCAUCCCCUUCUUGCGAUACCUGUUUUCGAACUUUGCCGUCAUGGUGUGGUCUAGUGCUCGUCCUGAGAACGUGGCUUCGCUCGUAGAGCAGUCCUUGGAAGAGGAUCUGAGGAAGACUCUUGUUGCUCAAUGGUCUCGCGGCGAUUUCAACCUGAAGCCUGAACAUUACAACCAGAACGUGCAGGUUUACAAGAAUCUGGAUAUUGUCUGGAACAAAGAGGAGAUCCAGCAGCAGCACCCGGACUAUGCCAACGGAGGGCGCUUUGGGCAACACAACACUGUUCUGAUCGACGACUCAAUGCUCAAGGCAGCUGCGCAACCACACAAUCUCCUCCAAAUAAGCGAGUUCAGCGCUACAACACAACAGAUGCAGGAAGAUAAGCUGCGUGAGGUUGCCGGGUAUCUCGAGGCUCUGCGUACACAGCAGGAUGUUUCCAAGUUCAUGAGGAAGGAGCACUUUCAACACAGCACUGGUAGAUGGGCGUAUGAAUGGCCAGAGAAGGACGCCGCCACUCAAGGAACUGCCUACCCGGGUGGUGAACUGCAAGGCAAGGUCUCAAUGGAGAGCCCAUCGAAAAAGAGGAAGAACAAGCAGGACAAAAAGGCCAAGAAACGCGAGGCAGCUGCAAAGCUCAAGGCAGCUGGAGGUGCUAAUCAGGGCAAAAGCAUUGAAAAGGCAGACGAGGCCGAAAAAUGCGAAAGCGAUGAUAGCAGUGAGAGUGACGAGGAGGCACAGAAGGGUCAAGGCGGUGUGAAGCUGGCUUAA